CCAGCACUCAGUGGCAGUCGAUAGUGCAGCGGGAAUAGUUCUGAUUCGAAGUGAAUGCUCAAGAUGUAGCAAAGGAUAAAGGAUAAAGGAUACUAAAGAACUGAUAACUGCAGCACAAUUGAAUCAACUGGCAAUAAAUACUUCAAGUGAAACAAACAUUGCAAAUUCCAAGUUCGAGUGCAAUUUGAAGAUCAAACACAGAUGUGGCAUGCAACGCCAAUAGAAAUAGAUCUUGACUCCAGCAACUGAUUGGCCAAUUGCUUGACAGUGCAUGUGGAAAAUUGCAUUAGCUGAAGGUUUUCCACAGGCCAAAAAAUGCUGGCCAUCAGUUCGAGCUUAAUGAUAUUUUAUGUAGCUUUUUUCUGGCUUUGCUGCCGCAUAGACAAUGUCGCAGCGGACAUCAUCAAGUAUGAUAAAACCAUUUUAGAGGAUGCCAAUUUGCAGGCGCCAGAACUGAUCCGGAAGUAUGGCUACAGCGCGGAAAUACACAAAAUAACGACCAAGGAUGGCUUUGUGCUCACCGCACAUCGCAUGCCCAAGCCGGGCGCACAGCCCGUGCUGAUGGUCCAUGGGCUGGAGGACAGCUCGGUGGGAUAUCUCAUACUGGGACCCAAGAAGUCGCUUGCCUACAGGUUAAGUGAUCUGGGCUAUGACAUUUGGCUGCUCAACACGCGUGGCAAUCGCUACUCACGGAAGCACAAGCGCUACCAGCGGAAUAUGCCCGAGUUCUGGGACUUUUCCUUCCACGAGGUCGGGCUGUACGACCUGCCGGCCGCGAUUGACUACGUUCUGGCCAUGACCAAGGGCUACGAGCAGCUCCACUACAUUGGCCACUCGCAGGGCACCACAUCCUUCCUGGUGAUGGGCAGUGAGCGGCCCAGCUACAUGAAGAAAAUCAAACUGAUGCAGGCGCUGGCCCCGGUCGUAUUUUGUGAUUAUGUGGGCUCACCCUUUGUCUUGUUUGCCGCGAAAUACAUUCGACCUUUGACACUCUAUGCCAGAGCUCUUGGCAUCUACGAUUUUCCCCCCGAGGGUGAAGUCUUCCAAAGACUCUCAUAUCAGAUUUGUAGCUUUGCCUUUCGCAACACCUGCAACUACUUCCUUUUGCAGCUGAUGGGCGUCGAUGCCCAGCAACUGAAUGCCACACUCGCACCGCUGUUUGUGCGACACGUCGCUGGCUCCUCGCUCAAGUCCCUGGGGCACUACCUUCAGCUGGUCCACAGCGGUGGCUUCUACAGGUACGACUACUACAGCGCUGUGGAGAAUCGGCGCCGCCACGGCUCCGACACUCCACCACAGUAUAAUCUGUCCAAUGUCAGCUGCAAGGUGGCUCUGUACUACAGCAAGAACGAUCUCCUGGCCGCGGUCAGGGAUGUGGAACGCCUGCGCGACGCGCUGCCCAAUGUGGUGCACGACGGGCUCAUACCAUACGAGAAGUUCAAUCACGUGGACUACAUUUGGGCGAAUGACAUCAACAGCCUGCUCUACGAUGGCAUGGUGGAGAAUAUGAAGCGGUCCGACCAGGGAGAGUUGUAGGGUGGAGGAGGACGAAGGUUUAGGCAAAAGGGCAAAUUUCCUGGCUUUAUUUUGUAUGGUAAAUUGUAUGCAAAACGUUCCCUCAAAUCCCUGUGAUAGACACACUUUCAAUUGAGUUUCGAAAUGCACUUUAAAUACAUUGCAAAUCCAUGACUUCUCUUGUGGGCAUUCAUUAGAAAUUUGUAAUUAUGAAUGCUUCAAAUAUUUGCCAUAAAUUCUACUUUAUGGCCAGAGUCCAUGAACGCCA